AUGGACUCAGACCCAUCGGAUGUUUUCUCAAGUUUCUUGAAGUAUCAUCCGUAUUACUCUCGGAUAAUGGAGCGUGGCGGCGUAAUUGAUUUAGGUCUCAGCCUUAGAACCAUGCAACAUGAAACUUACCACACAUCUGGCCAAAGAAGCAGACGGAGGUGGGGUUAUGUAAAGGUCACCAUGGAUGGGUUUGUGGUAGGUCGCAAGGUCUGUGUUCUUGAUCAUGGAGGCUAUUCAACUCUUGCUCAUCAACUCGAGGACAUGUUUGGGAUGCAAAGUGUGUCGGGAUUGCGGUUGUUCCAGACAGAGUCUGAGUUCUCACUAGUCUACAGGGACGAGGAAGGUACCUGGAGGAAUGCUGCGGAUGUUCCAUGGAAGGAGUUCAUAGAAAAUGUGGAGCGGCUUAGAAUCACAAGAAGAAACGAUGAUCUACUUCCCUUUUUAAGUUGA